AUGGAGGUGUUGAAAUGGGUUAAGGAUAUGCAUACAAAGGUUGCUGCAGCGGCCUUUAACAUUCCCCUUAGUUCGGUUUUUGUGUCAGAAACAAGCACAUACAAGGUUCCUAAUGCGUCACCUACUGCUGCUUCUGCGAGCUCUGAUAUGUAUGGUCCUGCAGUUUUAGACGAUGUUAAGCAUAUUAUAGCAAAAUUGGAGCCUGUUACAUCUAAACACAAUUUCAACACCAUUCGCUGA